GGCCAUCCCAUCCAUCUAAGUGAUUGAAGUUUCUUAGAAUGACCGAUGGUCGCAUACAAUUCUACAAAGAUAAGAACGAGUAUAUAAACCAAUAUUUCGACAACAGUCUUGCGGAUAGCCGGUGGAAUCAUCUCGUCUUUCGAUUAGAGCAUCUCUUCAAACAUGACCGUGAAAGAAAAGCAAUCUCAGAUCUUACCCCUGUUUAAGAAAUUAACUGCCCUAUCACCAGAACCUUUGCCAGAGGCUGAAAGGGAUGCUCGCCUGAAAGGGGUUGGAGCACUUCCCAGAGGAAGGCUCUUUUCAUGUUUUCAUGAAGAUCAUCUAGGAGAGGCUCAGGCCCUCUAUGAAGUACUGUAUGAGGCCAAGGACUUUAGUGAUUUCAUCAACCUUGCUAAGCAAGCCAGAGACAUCGUAAAUGAGGGUCUUUUUGCUUUUGCUUUGUCUGUGGUUGUGUUGCAUCGGGAUGAUUGCAAGGGAGUUGUUCUUCCACCAAUUCAAGAGGUCUUUCCAGAUAAGUUUGUGCCAGCUGAAACUAUCAACCGUGCCCUCAAGGCUGACAAACAAGGAACUGGAGAAACCAAGGUCAUUUCCAUUCAAAAGACAGGUAACAUUCUGGAUCCCGAGUACAACCUUGCUUAUUUCCGUGAAGAUAUCGGAAUUAAUGCUCAUCAUUGGCACUGGCAUUUAGUGUAUCCAGCCACUUACAGACCAGAUUUCUUCGGAAAAGUAAAAGACAGGAAAGGAGAGCUGUUUUAUUACAUGCAUCAACAGAUGUGUGCCAGAUACGAUUGUGAUCGUUUGUCUGCUGGUCUACGACGUAUGGUACCCUUCCAAAACUUCGAAGAAAAACUGGAAGGUUAUUCUGCCCAUUUGACUUCCCUCAUUAGUGGUCUUAAUUAUGCCUCUCGGCCAGCAGGAAUGACCCUUAGAGACAUCCGUGAAGUAGACGUUCAGGACAUGGAAAGAUGGAGGGAAAGGAUUCUCAGCGCCAUCCACACUGGACAAGUCAUUGACAUGCAUGGCAAGGAAGUGCCUUUGGAUUUGGAACGAGGCCUUGACAUCCUUGGAGCCCUCAUCGAAUCCAGCUUCGAAUCACUCAACAAAGGCUAUUAUGGAACCCUUCACAACUGGGGACAUGUCAUGAUUGCUAAGAUCCACGAUCAUGAUGGUCGAUUCAAGGAAAAUCCAGGUGUUAUGGAUGAUACUUCCACUGCUUUGAGAGAUCCUAUCUUCUACCGGUACCAUAGAUGGAUGGAUAACAUUUUCCAAGAAUACAAACACCGAUUACCAGCCUACUCUGCUAAAGAGAUGAGCUUCCCUGGUAUUCGUAUCACAAAUGUAACUGUCAAUGCUAAAGUACCAAACCUGAUCCACACUUACAGCAAGGACGCCUACCUUGAACUUUCUAAUGGAAUUAACCUUAAGAAUAAGAUCAAGGUUAAAUAUGAGCACUUAGACCAUGAACCUUUUAGCUAUAGCGUUGGUGUCACAAACUCUACAGGAGGUGCUAAGAAGACAACUGUUCGAAUUUUCUUGGCUCCUAAAUAUGAUGAAUUGGGUAACAGGCUAGUUUUGGAAGCUCAAAGAGGGCUUUACAUUGAACUCGAUAAGUUCACUCACACCUUGCAACCAGGAAAGAAUGUUAUCAAUCGAAGGUCUCUGGAUUCUUCCGUAACAUUAUCCAAGAUACCCACAUUCGAGGAAUUGGAAAAAGGAGAAGGUUUAUCUGACAACUCUAAUGAAUAUUGCAGUUGCGGAUGGCCCGAACAUAUGCUUGUGCCCAGAGGUACUCCAAGAGGAAUGGUCUUCCAUCUCUUUGUUAUGCUGACUGACUUCGACAUGGAUAAGGUUGAAGAUCAACCAGCUGCUGUUAUUUGUUCUGAUGCAGUAAGUUACUGUGGAGCCAAGGACCAGAAGUACCCAGACAAACGAGCUAUGGGAUAUCCCUUCGACCGGCCAGUCAAGGCCAGAACUCCAAGCCAGUUCAAAACUCAAAACAUGUCCUUCACCGAAGUUCGAAUCCAAUAUGGUGGACACAAAUCUGCAUAAGUUGCAUACAACUAUAAGAGUUAAUAUCAUUAUUUUUUUCAUUGUAAUUGUAAUUAUGAAUGCGUAAUAAAUCAAUAAACCUAAGUUCCCCUUA